AUGGCCGGUGAAGACGAUAUGCUGUAUGAUCGACAUGAUGGUUUCGACCGGAUCAAAACUGUUAAUGUUCUUCCCUUGUCAGCAGACAUCGUGGAGGGCUUAAAGCCAUACGAACUCUCAGUACUUGGUUUCGAUCUCGCUGCCUUUGAUCUACUUCAGGAUGCUGCUAUUGCGACCCACAAGAAGCCUGACUUGUUCUUCAAGCAUCGUCCACCGACUGAGCAGAUGGCACAGAUGUACUCCGUGUCCGGCUCAGAAGACAAGUCUCCCAAGCGUCGCACCUACUUCCCUAUUUCGGGUGGUCGCACGAUCACUGACUGGACACCGCUACUGGGCGAUAAUCUUAGCGGACAGUACAGGAAAGGAGGGACAAUCUUCGGUAUGGACUUGAACGGAGACGAGAUCUUCCAAUUAUGGCGUUAUUGGGAAGACGAGGCUCAGGACAAGCCAUUCGAUCGGGUCCCUCUGGAGCUUGCAACUAACCCUGGUCAAGGGAGGGUCGAACGUCUGACCAACGAUUCCUUCAAGUACUUGUCUCCUGUAAUAUCGAAACAAGGACGAGGCAGCUUCCUUGCGUUCAGUAGCAACAUGGAGAAUAACAAAGACAGCAAGAUCUAUAUGAUUGAUCUCCGUAAUCCGGGUUGGGAUCCAGUGAAGAUCUUCGACAAUCCCGGAGGCAACACAGUCGCAUCGUCAUUCUCUGCCGAUGAGAGAUAUCUCAUCGUCUCCCGAGGCAUCUCAAGCUUGAACAUUCCUCGCUUUGUUAUUGACCUGCAAAACCCUGCAGCUCAACCCAAGCAAAUUCACCUUCCUGGUAUAGAUCCGACCACGACGGUGGCUAUCAGAAGUGCACUCUUCUCACCUUGUGUUGGUAGCACGGAGAUUAUCCUUGUCACCGACGCAUACGGCGACUUCGCGAGCAUUGUUCUAUAUGAGCUAGCGACAGGCGCAGUUCAGCAUCUCACCACACCAGACCCAUCCUUCAGAGCGAUCUGCCCCAUCCCCUGGGAUGUACAACUGCAAGUCCUCACUUCGGAGUGUGCGCUCUUCACUGCGAACCGAGAUGGCUAUUGCGAUGUGUAUCGGUAUGACAUGGUAUCAAAAAAGGUCAACCAAGUUAUUCUUCCCGGGGCCGGCACGGAGAUCCUCACCGCUGCGAUUUCCGAUGAGGCCAACGGGCGACCUCAUACGAUUGUUGCCAGCUUCACCUCUCCACACUUUGCUUCCCGCGUUUCCGAAUUGGAUCUCUCCAGUCCGGAGGCGCCGAAGCUGACUCCUUACGUUGCUUGCCAGACAGGAAAGCCGGGAUAUCCCACUUCAGAUCCUGUGCUUAUCCGGUACAAGAGCUUCGACGGGUUAUCCAUUCCUGCUUGGGUAUACAUGCCGACUCAAACGCAUAGAGAAAGCAAGGUUCCCUGUGUGAUUUCCAUCCAUGGUGGCCCAUCAAUUCAAGCACGGCCAAGCUUCCGAGUAUCGCUUAAUGGUUAUCUCGUGAACGAAAUGGGAACAGCCCUCAUCAUGCCUAAUGUGAGAGGAAGCUCCGGAUAUGGGAAGGCGUACGAGAAAGCCGAUGACGUAUACAAGCGUGAGGAUUCCGUGAAAGAUAUCGGCGCACUCCUCGAACACAUUCGGACAUCGAUGCCCGAUAUCGAUGCCUCCCGAAUUGCAGUCACAGGUGGAUCGUAUGGUGGCUACAUGACAUUUGCAUGUCUGUUUCACUAUUCUCCUUUGAUUCGGUGCGGUGUCGCUUCGUGUGGCAUUGCUAACUGGGUCACUUUUCUGGAGUCGACCCAUCCGGCCCGGCGGGCUCAUCGGCGAAUCGAGUAUGGCGAUGAGUCGCAUCCUGAAGUUCGCAAAUUCCUCGAGAGCAUUGCACCGGUCAAUCAUGUCGAUGAAAUCAACGUACCGCUUUACAUGCGAGUGCCGAUUACUGCUUUUCACUCUCAGGGCGAGCAAGAUAGUCGAGUCCCGCUUAGCGAAGCCGUCCUCAUGUUCAACAGGGUUCGGGCCAAAGGACUCGAGACUUGGCUAGUAGUGGGAGAACAGGAAGGACAUGGAUUCAAACAGAAGAAUUGCAUCGAAUUUGUAAAUGCAAGCAAGGUAGCUUUCCUCAAGAAGUGGCUUCUUGAAAGUGACCCACAGCCCUCUGUUGGACAAUGCAACGAUUAG